UUCAUUCUUUCUCUAUUGAAAAUCCAACGCAUCAUCCAUUUUCUUCUCUUUCUACUUUAUCCUCAGCCUCUUCUAACCCGACUCCGCCGAUUCCGUUCCAGCAACCGCCGCCGAUCGCCGCCGUAAUACUCCACCACAGCCGCACCGGCAGGGUUUCUCAACAUUUGUGUGGAAAAGUUUCUGCUAGCAAGGGUCUUGUUUGCAUGAACAAGCUGUUUAAAAGCUAUUUCUAGUGAUGGCAUCUAUGUCUUGUGCAAACCUUUUAGACUUGGCCUCUGGGAACUUACUGGAUAUUCCGCAAACUCCAAGAGCUCUUCCUCGGGUAAUGACUGUACCUGGAAUUAUCUCUGACUUGGAGGAUGGGGAUUCGGACGGUACUUCAUCUGUUUGUCGGGAGCGAAAAAUUAUAGUGACUAAUAUGUUACCUUUACAUGCUAAAAGAGAUGCAGAAACAUCUAAAUGGCGCUUCAGCUUGGAUGAGGAUUCAAUUUAUUUACAUCUGAAGGAUGGCUUUUCUUCUGAAACAGAGGUCAUUUAUGUAGGAUCUCUCAAGGUUGAUAUUGAUGCUGCUGAACAGGAAGAAGUUGCCCAAAAAUUGUUGGAAGAUUUCAAUUGUGUUCCUACAUUUCUGCCCCAUGAUCUGCUGAAGAAAUUUUAUCUUGGUUUCUGUAAACAGCAGUUAUGGCCUCUUUUCCACUAUAUGCUGCCCAUGUGUCCAGACCAUGGCGAUCGGUUUGACCGCUUUCUUUGGCAGGCUUAUGUUGGUGCAAAUAAGAUAUUUGCUGACAAGGUGAUGGAAGUAAUUAAUCCUGAUGAUGAUUAUGUUUGGAUUCAUGAUUAUCAUUUGAUGGUCCUACCAACAUUCUUAAGGAAACGCUUCAACCGAGUCAAGCUUGGUUUCUUUCUUCACAGUCCAUUUCCAUCGUCAGAAAUAUUCCGAACGUUGCCUGUUCGAGAUGAGAUUCUGAGGGGUCUGCUCAAUUGUGAUCUAAUUGGUUUUCAUACGUUUGACUAUGCACGGCAUUUCCUGUCUUGUUGUAGUAGAAUGUUGGGCCUCGACUAUGAAUCUAAACGGGGACACAUUGGUCUUGAUUACUUUGGCCGCAUGGUAUACAUUAAAAUUCUACCUGUAGGAGUUCAUAUGGGCCGGCUUGAAUCAGUGUUAAAUCUUCCCUCUACAGCGGCCAAGAUCAAAGAGAUACAGCAACAGUUUGAGGGAAAAAUUUUAAUUCUUGGUGUAGAUGAUAUGGACAUCUUCAAGGGUAUCAGUCUCAAAUUACUGGCUGUGGAACACCUCUUGAAGGAGCAUCCAGACUUGCAUGGCAAGGUAGUCUUGGUUCAGAUUGUGAAUCCUGCAAGGGGCUCAGGGAAGGAUGUCCAGGAAGCAAAAAGAGAAACCUAUUUAACUGCACAAAAGAUCAAUGAGGCUUAUGGUUCACCUAAUUAUAAGCCAGUUAUUCUGAUUGAUCGUCCUGUUCCUCGUUAUGAGAAGUCUGCUUAUUAUGCUAUGGCCGAGUGUUGCAUAGUAAAUGCUGUGAGGGAUGGGAUGAACUUGGUCCCUUAUAAAUAUAUUGUUUGCAGGCAAGGAACUCCACGUAUGGAUGAAGCUGUGGGUGUAAAGGCAGAUUCCCCUCGAAUGAGUAUGCUUGUUGUGUCUGAGUUCAUUGGCUGUUCCCCUUCUUUAAGCGGAGCAAUUAGGGUUAAUCCAUGGGAUGUUGAUGCAGUAGCUGAGGCUUUAAAUGUGGCCAUUACCAUGCCUGACGCAGAGAAGAAAUUACGGCAUGAGAAACACUAUCGAUAUGUCAAUACUCAUGAUGUGGCUUAUUGGGCUCGCAGCUUUUCACAGGAUUUGGAGAGAGCUUGCAAAGAUCAUUAUAGCAAACGCUGCUGGGGGAUUGGUUUGGGCCUUGGGUUCAGAGUUCUGUCUCUUUCUCCUAGUUUUAGGAGGUUGGCGACUGACCAUAUUGUUUCAGCCUAUAAAAGAACAAAUAGACGAGCCAUAUUCCUGGAUUAUGAUGGUACUGUUGUUCCUGAAACUUCCAUUAUUAAAACUCCAAGCCCCGAAGUAAUCUCUAUCUUGAAGACUCUUUGCAGUGAUCCUAAGAACACUGUGUUUAUUGUCAGUGGGAGGGGGAGAGAUCCCCUUAGUGAGGGGCUUGCUCCCUGUGAGAUGCUGGGAAUAGCAGCUGAGCAUGGGUACUUCAUGAGAUGGAAUAAAGCCUUUGAGUGGGAAACUAGUCCCAUGGCAGCUGACCUUGAAUGGAAAAAAAUUGUGGAACCUGUAAUGAGACUAUAUACAGAGGCAACAGAUGGUUCUAACUUAGAAAUUAAGGAGAGUGGUCUAGUAUGGCACCAUCUAGAUGCAGAUCCUGACUUUGGGUCUUGCCAAGCCAAGGAGUUGCUGGAUCACCUAGAGAAUGUACUUGCUAAUGAACCAGCAGUUGUUAAGAGGGGCCAGCAAAUUGUUGAAGUUAAGCCACAGGGAGUAAGCAAAGGACUGGUUGCUCAAAAGGUUCUCUCAACAAUGGUAGAUAGUGGGAAACCACCUGAUUUUGUGAUGUGUAUUGGCGACGAUAGAUCUGAUGAAGACAUGUUUGAAAGCAUAUUAAGCACGGUUUCGAAUCCAUUGUUGCCUGCAGCUCCAGAAAUAUUUGCAUGCACUGUUGGGCAAAAGCCAAGCAAAGCUAAGUAUUAUCUUGAUGAUCCUGCAGAUGUAUUAAAAUUGCUUCAAGGGCUUGCGACUGCUUCAAGUUUGAAGCCCAGACAUCAUACUGAGGUCCCAGUUUCUUUUGAGAGUUCUGUUUGAGUCGAACAUAUUUCCUGGCUCCGAUAUACCAUUUCAAUCCAUUGGCGCUGUUGACAUGCUUCAACGGAUUUAGGGUUUUAAGGUCCAUUUAUCUGUACAAGUCUAAUGCACAGUGAUGAUGAUUUCAUGUCAGAUCCUCAAAUAGUUCACUUGGUCGAUUUUCAAUGUUUGGAAGAUCUGACAGCGUUCUUGUAUAUCUUCAUGUGAGUCAGGUACUGGGAUUUCACAUUGUCUAUAACAGGCUUCUUACCGUCAGGUGUAACAGUUUAACUUGUAUAGAUACACUGUUUUUUCUAAUACAGGAUGCCAAUUUGAUUCGAGU